GUCUGUUUUGUCAUGGCGUUGAAUUAAUUAAUAUGCUGCUUUGAUCACUAAGCUACUUUAAAUAUUAAUAUUCCUCACCUAUGACUAACUUUAUUUCCAUGGUUGGCUCAGGGACAGCAGCUAGCUGGCUAUCACCUGUCCCUCUUUUAAGUCAUCGUGAUCUUCCCGUCAUUCAGCACCGUGACUGACAUACGGUGCAGGUGAGGAGGUGUGAGAAGGAGAGCAGUGGAGAUGACGGGACAGGACGAUGUGGACAUACCCGAAACAGGAGCCAUCUUCACAUUUGGAAAGAGCAGUUUUGCUGACGAUGUGCCUGGUAAAUUCUGGUUGAAGAAUGACCAGCCAGUGCAUCUAUCUUGCGGAGGAGGGCACACUGCUGUCAUUACAGAAAAUGGCAGGCUGCUCAUGUUUGGUGGUAAUUCUUGGGGCCAACUGGGGCAUGGAUUUAAGCCUGCUGCCAGCAAACCUGCCUCUGUGAAAGCCUUAAAGUCUGAGAAGGUGAAGCUUGUAGCUUGUGGGAGGUAUCACACAAUUGUCUGCACAUGGCGGGGUAGUGUGUUUGUUUCUGGCAUUAACCUGGAGGGCCAGCUCGGUUUGGGCCACUGCAACAACACCACAUCCUUUCGCCUGCUGCAUCCCUUCUGUGACCAUGCACCAAUCAAAAUGCUUUCUGCAGGAUGCAACACCUCAGCUGCCUUAACAGAGGACGGGAGGCUCUUCAUGUGGGGAGACAACGCCGUGGGUCAGAUCGGUUUAGGGGAUGAGUGCUUUGCAGCAGAACCCACAGAGGUGGAUGUUGGGGAGGCGGUGAUGUGGGUCUCCUGUGGGUACCACCACUCAGCAUUUGUCACAGCGGAUGGAGAUCUCUACACCUUUGGCGACAGUGCGAAUGGAAGGCUUGGUCUCCAGGUGGAGCAGCUGGCCAAUCACAGAGUCCCUCAGCGGGUGCAAGGGUUUCUGGGUCAUGUCAGUCAGGUGUGCUGCGGAGGGGAGCACACGGUGGCGCUCACAGAGGAGAAUGUGUACACGUUCGGCAGAGGUCAGUACGGUCAGCUGGGCCACGGGACGUUUCUGUUUGAAGCUGAUUUGCCAAAACCACUGGAGCACUUUUGUAACAGCAGCAUCAAACAUGUCGCCUGUGGAGAGAACCACACCGCUGUGAUCACAAACAGCGGGCUCCUGUACACGUUUGGUGAUGGUCGGCAUGGGAAACUGGGUUUAGGGGUGGAGAACUUCAUCAACCAGUUCAGCCCGACACUCUGCGCACGUUUUCUCAAGCACAGAGUUCAGUUAGUGUCCUGCGGUGGUAACCACAUGCUGGUACUGGCUGCACCCAGACCAGAAGAGGAUGUCACAGAGAACUUUUUAGAGCCAAGUUACACAGAAAUGCUUCUGCUGGACACUUUGAUUGAUCCUAAUCCAACAGUCCCACUCUCGGCCCUCUUUGCUCGAGCCCGCCACAGAGAAAAAGGAAACUCUGCGGAGCAGUUUGGAGAGAUGUUUCACAACCUCCCACGUCUAAAUUCUGACUUCUUCAACACCUCCUGGCAAACGUCCAGAAAUAUCCCAACCCCUAAAACACUCUCAAAGGACUUUGCCACCCCUUCAUCAUCCCCGAAACCACAGUCAGAAGCAAGGCUAAACCCAGCACUCUCCCCCAGAUCUCCAGUGUUAUCCUCUAAGCCAUCGAGCCCACAUUCUCAAUCAUCAAACACCUUUCAGAAUAAAUCCUCUACUGCUGCUUCCUCUGAGUCUAAAUCUAAAGAGCUGCCUUCUCCCUUACCGUCACCAAAGACUAUAACUAAACAUAGCACCCUUGUAUCUCAUAAAAGGACUGCAAAAAGAAGACUGUAUGGAGUGGCAACUGCCAAAAAGGCCUUAAUUGGUGAAUCUCCUCUACCACCUAAAGAGCCCUGCAGCCCCACCAGACCCUCCAGUGAGAUUUCCAACAAACCUCUCAGUGAGGAGGAGCAUGCUGCUUCGCCUAAAACAGAGGGAGAAACUUCUCAGAGACAAAUUGCAGCGGAAGAGAAUAUCUCUGAGAAAGGAGUCAACUCUGACUUUUUGCCACACAUGGAAGAUGAAGAAAGUGGAAGCGAUGUGGAAGACAAGGACGAAGACGAGGAGGGAAGUGAAAGUAGCAAUGACUUAGGGGAGGAAAAGGAGAGUGUUACGGGAGGGACUCAGGAAGACCAAGAUCAUGAAACUGCAGCAGAAGAUGGUGAGGAGGAAAAAGGCUCCAGCAGUGACGAGGAGGAUGAAGGAAUUAAGAAGGGUGAUGUCACUGAGACUGAAGAGGAGGAAGAAGAAAGCAGUGAGGCAGCAGAGGAGGAUGGAAGUGAAGAAUCGAGUGAAGAAGAGAAUAAAGAAGAAGAGGAAGAGAGUGAGGUGAGUGAGGAUGAGGACGAUGUCAGUGGUGAAGACUCGGGGAGCAGCAAGAGCAAAGAGUCAGAAGAGGAGGACAGAGACUUAAGUGACGCUGCAGAGUCUGAUUCUGAAGAGGAAGAAAACAUUGAGGUAGAGGAAGAUGAGGUUGAUGCAGAGGAUGAGAAGGUUUCAGAGAAGGAAGAAGAAGUUGAGGAGGAGGAAGAAGAGAGUAAGGAGGAGGUUACAGAGGAGGAAAAAGAGGCACCGAGGACGAAGCGGAGCGCUGCAGGAGAGAAGAAACAAGACGACUCUCAGCAGUUCUGGAACGAUGUUCUGCCUCAGUACCUCGAUCUGCAGUGA